AUGGGACCCAGGAGGCUGACGUGUGUGCUGGUCUUGGCGCUUGUGCUGGCUCUGGGGUCCCGGCCGCAGGAGCAGCGACCCAGGGAGUCCCAGAACCUCAACUGGAGCAGGUUUUCAGGGUUCUGGUACAUUCUGGCUAUCGCCUCUGAGGGCCACGGAUUCUUGCCGGGCAGAGACAGGAGGAAGCUGGGGGCGUCCAUGGUGAAGGUGCACGCCACAGGCCAGCUGGAGGUGGUCCUGGCCUUCGGCCGGUCACAGGGGUGCCGGUCACACACGUUAAUUCUGCGGAAAGACAGGAAAAAGGCGAUGUUCAGGAACACUUUGAAGGGGGUGGAGGGCUUCCGCGUGCUGGCCACCGACUACAGCUACGGCGUGGUCUACGUGCGCCUGGGCCGGGCCGGCCGGACCUCCAGGACCCUGCUGUUCUUCAGCAGACAGAACACGUCCAGCUUCCCGAGCAUGAGAAAAUUUGUAGACAUAUGUGAGAUUUUGGAGGUCACCAACGGUGUGACUGUCCUCCCGAAAGACGGUAACAGACGCCACAGGCCUGAGCAGGUGGCACCGGGCCUGCCGUCUGGUUGCGUGCUGGAGGACCCGGGAUGCCUGGCCUGGCCACCUGCAGUGCCCCAGGCCAGCACAGGGGGACGCUGGGAAGGCCAAAGAACACUGUGGGCCAACGGGCUCCCGCAGACCUGCGCCCACUCAGGCCUCCUCUCCGUCCCGCAGACGCCUGUGCCCACCAUCCCGCCCUGA